AACGAGAGAGAGAGAGAGAGAGAGAGAGAGAGGUGAAUACCACCCUUGUGCAACUCCUGCUAGUUAGCUAGCUCUGCCUUCUCCAGCUCCCAGUGUCCCAGCUCUGCCUGUUUGACUUCCUCCGCUCUCUCCAGAAGGACAGGAUACUGCGUAGCAUCAGCUUGCCUCCACAUCUGCCUCCUGGUCCACGAGGAAAAAGAGCCUGGUGCCGACCACUGGAUUCCCUGCAGAGUUCCUCAGGCAGCGUGUAUAUAUCCAGGCUGACUGUAUGUACACACCCCGGCUAGAGACCCCUUCCACAGCGCUGGGGAAGACAAAGGAUCUUAUAAAGCACGGACGCGAGAGGAUAGAACAAACUAUCAAGGCCUCCGGCUCCAGGCUGUGCUCCUAUGCUGAAAGGGUUGCCUUCUUAAUGGACCGUUCGAAAAACUCAAGUUCCAAACCCCAGCUUCCAGCACUGACUGACAACAUCAACCUUGGACCUUCAGCGAAUCCAAAUGCCAAGCCAACAGACUUUGACUUCCUGAAAGUUAUUGGCAAAGGAAGCUUUGGAAAAGUCCUUCUGGCCAAGCGCAAGUCUGAUGGGACCUUCUAUGCCAUCAAAGUCUUGCAGAAGAAAUCCAUUCUAAAGAAAAAGGAACAAAAUCACAUCAUGGCAGAACGCAACGUACUACUGAAAAAUGUGAAGCAUCCUUUCCUGGUGGGACUCCACUACUCUUUCCAGACCUCUGAGAAGCUCUACUUUGUACUGGACUAUGUAAAUGGGGGAGAGCUCUUCUUUCAUUUGCAAAGAGAGCGCUGUUUCCGUGAGCCUCGUGCCCGCUUUUAUGCUGCUGAAGUAGCCAGUGCUGUAGGGUACCUGCAUUCCUUGAACAUUAUCUACAGGGACUUAAAACCUGAAAACAUCCUCUUGGAUUGCCAGGGACAUGUCAUCUUAACAGACUUUGGACUCUGCAAAGAAGGAAUGGAGCAAGAAGAAACAACAUCUACUUUCUGUGGCACUCCAGAGUACCUGGCUCCAGAAGUGCUAAGAAAAGAGCCCUAUGACAGGACCGUAGACUGGUGGUGUCUAGGAGCAGUCCUCUAUGAGAUGCUGUUUGGGUUGCCCCCUUUCUACAGCCGAGACGUGUCUCAAAUGUAUGACAACAUUCUGCAUCAGCCACUUCAGGUCCAAGGAACCAAGACCAUGGCAGCGUGUGAUAUCUUACAGGGACUUCUCCACAAGGAUCAGAAGAGGCGGCUAGGAGCCAAGAUGGACUUUUUGGACAUAAAGAAUCAUGUUUUCUUCAGCCCAAUUAACUGGGAUGACUUGUAUCACAAGAGGAUCACGCCUCCAUUCAAUCCCAAUGUGGCUGGUCCUGCUGAUCUGCGACACUUUGAUCCAGAGUUCACUCAGGAAGCAGUCCCAAACUCCAUCACCCGCACACCUGACCUUGCAGCCAGCAGCUCCAGUGCAUCUGAUGCUUUUUUAGGGUUUUCUUAUGCACCAACUGAUGAGGACUUCUAGACUUUAUAUAGGGCUUGGGGAGCCCAAUUUUAACUCUGGUCUUGUUUUUAAGAAAAGGUACUGCCCUUUUGCUUGUGACUGUUAAGAAAUUUGGAAUAACCUACUAAUUGGAACGGAACAGAAUGGAACUCUUCUGAUAUCUGAUGCACAGCACUGUCCUGAAAGCGGCCCUUCCUCUGGUAGGGAGGAUGCUGAACUUUGUGUUUGGAAUUUUGUACACCUGAAAACUGAAGUUCUUUAAGACAAUGGAGUUGUAGUUAGAAACUUUGCCAUUGUUUGUGUUGCAUUCCUGUAACUGGUUUACUUUCGCUUGUUUGUCUACCUCCUAUUCCCACUUCUGGUGCAGGAUUUUCCAACAAUACAAGACAUACUUAUUCCAUAUGUCACUUCUGGGAGAGGGGUACGAAUGGAAAUGGAUUCAUUACUUAAAUGUGCACCAGUGAGCAAGUUUCCUUGAACUUUUGUUAAAGCAGUUCAUAAAGGAAUAGCACACUGGGUGUAACUGGACUGUGCUAAUAU